AUGGAUGUUGCAGAUGAGAGCUGCUUGACGAAAGAACACUUGGACACAGUUAUUGAUUGGAUACCGUCGAUGAAGAGUCUAAAACUAAAAGACAUCCCUAGCUUUGUCCGUACCACUAAUCCCAACGACAUAAUGCUCAACUUCCUUGUCCACGAGAGCGGUCGAUCCAAACGCGCCUCUGCUAUCAUUCUCAACACAUUCGAUGACCUCGAUCAAGACAUUAUCCGGUCCAUGCAAUCAAAUUUACCACCGGUUUAUUCAAUAGGACCGCUUCAUCUCUUAGUAAACCGGGAGAUUAAAGAAAGUAGUGAGACUGGAAGGCUGGGAUCAAACCUGUGGAGAGAGGAGACAGAGUGUUUGGAGUGGCUCGAUACUAAGUCUCUAAACAGCAUCGUUUAUGUUAACUUUGGGAGCAUAACGGUUAUGAGUGCGAAGCAGCUCGCGGAGUUCGCUUGGGGUUUGGCGGGAAGUGGAAAAGAGUUUUUAUGGGUGAUCCGGCCGGAUUUAGUAGCUGGAGAGGAGGCGGUGAUUCCGCCGGAGUUUCUGACGGAGACAGCCGGUCGAAGGAUGUUGUGUAGUUGGUGUCCUCAGGAGAAAGUUCUUUCUCAUCCGGCGAUCGGAGGGUUCUUAACGCACAGUGGAUGGAAUUCGACUUUGGAGAGUCUCUCCGGUGGAGUUCCGAUGGGGUGUUGGCCGUUCUUUGCAGAACAACAAACGAACUGUAAAUUCUGUUGCGAUGAGUGGAAGGUGGGGAUGGAGAUUGGCGGAGAUGUGAAGAGGGAGGAGGUUGAGGCGGUGGUUAGAGAGCUGAUGGACGGAGAGAAAGGAAAGAAAAUGAGAGAGAAGGCGGAGGAGUGGAGGCGCUUGGCGGAGAAAGCGACGGAGCAUCCAUGUGGUUCGUCGGUUAUGAAUUUUGAGACAGUUGUCAAUAAUGUUCUCUUAGGACAGUUCCCCAAAAAAGGUCAUACUUAA